UGUUCAUUGCUGGUGAGUCUUUAGCAAUUAGAUAAAAACGUUAAUUGUUAUUGAUCGCGUAAAAUUAGCUAACCCUUUAAUUGAUUGAUUGUAAUCACAAUUAAAUCUUGAUGAGUGAUAAGUGUUUUUUAUGUUAUCAUUGACUUGUUUUCCUGAUUCUUGAUCACCAAAUUAACUUAAUUGUAGAAACAAUUUAUCUAUUUACUUUGAAAAUUUGAAUAAAUUGCUCAUGAAAAAUUAAACUAAUUAACAUUUAGAGUGAAAAUUUAAUCAACUGUUUUACCCACAGAGUUUAUCACAGUUAAAUCAGUGUUAUCAUUGUAAUUAUCAUUCCAAUAAUCAAAUAUGAUUAUAAUUGUAUUGUUAAGAUGAGAAACUGUUUAGAUAUACUUAGGAUAAAACCUUGAUUUAUUUUCAUAUUUUCAUCCGUUAUCAUCGUCCUUCAUCAUCACCAUCAUCACAAUCACAUCUUCAUAUUGAUUUGUCCAAAUCAACAGUAAUCAUCAUAAAAUUUUGUCUCUCUGUUAAUUAGUGAAAACUGUGAAAGUAAUUAAAUAAAUUGUAAUCAUGUUACUUCCGUUGAUCAAAGCCGAUAGACGAGUGUUUUCCGGUCCAAUUGGACCUCAAUCGAUUGUUAAAAUGAUCACGAGUAAUUUUGGUUUCCAUUGUAAUGGAUUGAAACGAUUAACAAAUAGUCUCAAUUUAAUUAAUUCGAGGUGUUACUCGAAUGGAUUAGACGAAAGCAAUAAUUCAAUGAUGUUGGCCAUUCGUCGGGAAGAUGCUUCCAUUUGGGAAAGACGAGCUCCAUUAGCGCCUUUUCAUGUUCGCAAAUUGGUUCGUAAAGGUGUUAAGGUGGUUGUUCAACCUUCCAAUCGAAGGGCUUACCCACUUCAAGCCUACGUGAAUGCUGGAGCUCAAGUUCUUGAGGAUAUUUCUGAUUCCCCUGUGAUUAUCGGAGUCAAACAGCCACAGAUUGAUAAUAUUCUGCCAAAUAAAACUUAUUGUUUCUUUUCGCAUACCCACAAGGCUCAAGAAGAUAAUAUGCCUCUUUUGGACAUUGUUAUCGAGCGAAAUGUCCGUCUAAUUGACUAUGAACGAAUGGUUGAUACAAGAGGAAAUCGUGUGGUUGCUUUUGGCCGUUAUGCUGGAAUCGCUGGAAUGAUCAACACUUUCCAUGGAUUAGGUCUUCGUCUUUUAGCCUUAGGUCAUCAUACACCUUUUAUGCACGUUGGUCCAGCUCACAACUAUCGAAACUCUGGAAUGGCAAGACAAGCAGUUCGUGACUGUGGAUAUGAAAUUGCUUUGGGUAUGAUGCCUCGGUCGAUUGGCCCGUUGACCUUUGUGUUCACUGGGUCAGGGAAUGUAUCUCAAGGAGCUCAGGAAAUAUUCCGAGAGCUUCCCUAUGAAUAUGUUGACCCAAAAGAUUUGGCUCAAGUCUCGCAAAUGGGAACAACUAAUAAAGUCUAUGCUUCAGUUAUUUCUCGUGAUUCUCAUUUGGUACGGAAAGAGGGUGGACCAUUUGAUGCAAAAGAAUACGAUGAGUAUCCUGAUCGAUACUAUUCAAAUUUUGCAACGAAAAUCGCUCCAUAUGCUUCAGUCAUUGUCAACGGAAUUUAUUAUGCACCAAAUUCACCAAAAUUACUAACCAUUCCGGACGCAAAGCGUUUACUCCAACCGGUCAGAUCGCCCUGGUUGCCCUGUUCGAGCGGCAGUCCAGCUCUACCACACCGUUUAAUUGCAAUUUGUGACAUUUCAGCCGAUCCCGGAGGAUCCAUUCAGUUCAUGACUGAAUGUACCACCAUCGAUACACCAUUUUGUUUAUACGAUGCCGAUUACAAUAAAAACAGUGAAUCUUUUUCCGGUCCUGGAGUUUUGGUCUGUUCAAUUGACAAUAUGCCGACCCAAAUACCUUUGGAAUCAACUGAGGCCUUCGGUGAUGUUUUAUAUCCUUACAUUUUUGAUUUCAUUCGUUCUGAUGCAAAUAAACAAUUGGAACAAGAAAACUUUAAUCCAGUCGUUAAACAAGCAGUUAUUGUUUCCAAUGGUAAACUUGCUCCUAAUUACGAGUACAUUAUGGAUCUACGAAUGUCUCGAGGUGUCCAAAAGAAACUAGAUGGAAACAAAUCAGUCCUCGUUCUUGGUGCUGGUUAUGUUUCAAGACCUUUAGUUGAGUAUUUAACUCGAGAUGAAAAUAUUCAUGUUACAAUCGCCUCUGAACUUCAUGGUCCGGGCGAGGAUUUGGCUUCAAAGGCUAAAAAUGUUUCCUCUGUUGUUUUGGACAUUGUUAAACGAUCUGACUCUUUAGCUGAAUUAAUUAAUCAAUCGGAAUUAGUGGUUAGUCUACUUCCAUAUUCACUUCAUUCCCUUGUCGCUAAACAAUGUAUUGCCAGUGGCAAGAAUAUGGUUACCGCCAGUUAUGUGACACCCGAGAUGGAAUCGCUUCAUAAAUCAGCUCAAGAAGCAGGAAUCACCAUCAUGAAUGAGGUCGGUCUUGAUCCUGGAAUUGAUCAUCUCUUGGCAAUGGAGUGUUUCCAUCAGGUCACUUCCAAUGGAGGAAGAAUCAAAUCAUUCGUUUCUUACUGUGGUGGACUUCCAGCUCCCGAAUCGGCGGAAAAUCCAUUGAAAUAUAAAUUCAGUUGGAAUCCACGUGGUGUUUUACUUAAUAGUUUAUCGGGUGCUCGUUGGGAAGAGUCUGGAUUAAUUCAAGAAGUUAAACCUGGUGGGGAAUUGAUGGUCUCCGCUCGUAAAUUAGAUUUCCUAAGUGGAUUCAAUUUAGAAGGUUAUCCUAAUCGAGACUCGACAAUCUACAAGAAACUCUAUGGUAUCUCUUCAGCGGAGACUAUUCUUAGAGGAAGUUUAAGAUAUCAAGGUUAUUGUGAUACAAUGUUGGGAUUACAAAAACUCGGACUUUUGGAUAAUCGUCCACAUCCCUCACUUCACAUUCGAGGUCCAGAUAUAACAUGGAGACAAUUUAUGUGCUCGUUGUUUGCUCAGAAAGACGACAUUCUAAUUACUAAUUUGAAAAAUUUAAUUCUCGAAAGACUUGGAUCAGAAAGUAGACUUAAUUCAAUCGAACAACUUGGUUUCCUUGAAGACGAACCAAUUGAUAAACGGGGAUCAGCUUUGGACACGGUUACACAUCUUUUGGCCACUAAAUUGUCUUUCAGUCCGGGCGAACGCGAUGUCAUCAUAAUGAGACACAACAUUGGAGUCGAAUGGCCAAACGGGGAAUUGGAGAAUCGAUUCAUUAAUCUGGUUGUUUAUGGUGAACCUAAUGGCCCUUCAGCGAUGGCGAAGACUGUUGGUUAUCCAGCGGCGAUUGCGAGUAAAAUGAUUCUAGAAGGAGAAAUACAACAAAAGGGAAUCGUUUUGCCUUUGGCACCAGAAAUUUACAAUCCGAUGUUGAAGAGAUUACAAAGUGAAGGCAUUCACGCGACUGAGAGAAGUGAAAAAGCUUAACGAUUGAGAAACAACAAUAGAUUUUACAAAUUAAAAUAGAAAUAAAGUUCACAAUUGAUUAGGUUAA